AUGAACGACGUCGCGACCUGGCAGGAGGUGAUUAUCACUCACGCCGUGCCACCGCGGCGACCGCCCGCCUUGCCGCCAGCCGAUCCCGGCAACGCCGCGGCGGAGGACUAUGACGACCCGGGAGCCAGCACAUGGGGCGGCGGCAACCGCCGCAAGCGCCGUCGACCGGGGAAGCCCAAGGGCAAAGGCCGCGACGGCAAGGACCAGGACCAGCCGAAGAAGACGGACGCCGCACACCAGCAGGAUCAGACAUGGUGGUCGACGCGGGGCGGCGGCAAGCAGCAACAGCACCAGCAGCAGCAGACUUGGUGGGGCCACGGCGGUGCCGACCAGCGACACCAACACCCCGACGGGAACGACAGACCUUGGAAGCGACCGGGCGCCGGCAAGGGCGUACCCGACCAGCCGCCGAAGAAACUUAGGCUAUCAGCGCGUGUUCCCUCCGGCGCCGAGGUCAUAGUGAUGCCGGCCUUCGACGGUGUGGGGGCGGCGCCGUGGCUGGCAUGGGAUCUCAUCGGCGAGCCCCGGGCCAUCUUCGCCUGGGAGGUGGACCGAGCGGCGAUACAGGUCGCCGACUACCACAUACCGGGCAUUCGGCACCGCGGCGACAUCACCGAGGACACGCCAGAGGACAUCGCCGCAGAGGACUUCUCCCGCGUAGGUGAUCGCGACGGUCACGCCGGGAACAGAGGGUACCUCUUCAACUUCACGGCGGAAUUCCUGGACGGGCUCCGCCGCCGACUGGCACCACGACGCUUUGGCUUCCUGGUGGAGAACGUCGAAAUGACGCCGGCCGAUGCGGCGGAGGCAUCCAAGCAGCUUGGCUGCCAGCCGAUUUUCGCCGAUGCGGCGGACUUCGGAUGGAUCGGACGGCCACGCCUGUGGUGGACGUCCAUCGACUGGGACGAGGUCACACACGACCCGUCAACGGCGGAACGGUGGACUUGGGUGUUGCACCGCCGCUGGGACCGCCUUCGCUUGGACUCGCCGCGGGCGGCGCCGGACAGCUUCGACCUCGACGGCCUCAAGUUCUCCGACGCGGUGGCAUCUGGUCGCAUUCGCCUUCCUUGCUCUACCACGCCGGCGGCCGACGAGAGGGGACGACCACCGCCGCGAUCCAUGCGGGGCAAGGUCACGACGGAUGUUCAGCAGCGCUGGCUCCAGGACAGCCGCCAGUUCGCGCCGUGGCAUUACCAGCGAGAGGCAAUGCUCGCCGACGACCAGGGGAAGCUGGUGGUACUGACGCCGGUCGCCAAGGAACAGCUUCACCACAUGCCGAAGAACUUCACGGCGAGAACGGCGCAAGGCGACCUCGAGCCCCGCACCCGCCACCGCCUUCUGGGUAACGGGUGGCAUUGGGGGGUCGCCCGCCGGCUGCUCUUGGCACUUCUGGUCCACACCGCCGCGUCUUUGCCACAGGCCACGGCGAUCCCGGUGGCGCCACAGACGUCCACCAUCCAGUGGGUCGCCGCACUAUGGGGACCGGGUGGUCCGCCGAUGGGACCGGCGCCGGCCAAACCGUCGAUGGCGCACCUCCAGGAUCUCGACGAGGAGGCGCACUGGCAGGCAUCCUGGGCUCUCCAACACCCACUGGCGACGCCGCCGCCAAUGGAACCGGCGUGGGAACUUCUACUGGGGCUACGCCGCACAUGGAAGCACGACUUGGUCCGAAUCAGACGGGAGGUCAUCGCCGAGGUCCACCUACUGAUCGACGACCUCGACGAGGAGUCCAGAUCGUGGCUGGCGGCGCGCCCCUCGUGGGUUCGAGCCACUUACUCCACGCCGGACAAGCCGGCACCGACGCAGGUCCUGGCGUUCCUGGAACUUCUGCGGCGGCUGGGCUACCCGGACCUCACGGCGCUCACCGAGGACAUGACCGACGGCUUCCAGAUGCUCGGCGAGAUCCGGCCAGGCCCGGGGUGGCGGCGACGCGAGGACGGGAAAUAUCAGAACCCGGUGCCCAUCGCCAACCUGAUCGCCACCAACGCCGAUUACGUCCGCAAGAAGGUCAACACGGCGCGGGUCGACGAGCACUCGGAGAAGCUCCUCCUCGAGCUCAUCGCCGAGAAGAGGCUGGGCCGGGUGAUAGGACCCACACGCCCGCCGGAAUGGUUGCGAGGAGUCCAGGCUACGGCGGUCGCCGACCACCAGGACGUCGACACCGUCAACGAGCCGCCCCCAGGCGACACCUUUUUCGCCGCCUCCUUCCCCGUCUGCCAGACCGACGAGAACGGUGAGCUCAAG